CAGUCAGAGUUAUUCACUAUUAUUUGCCGCUUCCGGUUUCACUCUGGACCUCAGCGGGCGCGAACUCGGGAGAAACCUAUCGAGACUUUUCUCUGUCAUCCAGGACUUUUCAAUCCUGUUCAGAGUGCGGUUUGGAAUGAUUCCUGGACGAUUAUUCAGUUCAUGGACUUAAUGUUGGUUUACUCAAGACUGUUCUAGCACUUUAAAGAGAAAGAAGAUCACCUGUAACAGUUGACCAAUGACACCUGUUGUCUCUUCGGCGCUCGCUUUAAGAGAAACUCUGCUGUAAACAAACUACGAGGAUAUUUGAACGUUUAAUGACGCAGUUAAGAUGAAAGUGACGGUAAAUUUCGGGGAAACGAGGAUUGUCGUCCCGUGUAAAGACGGUUGGAUGGUGCGGGAUUUAAUCGAUCAAGCCACUCAAAGAUACAAGAAGAUUGUCGAACAGGAUGGGGAAUUCCUGGUGCGGACGCUCCAUGUGGAGUAUGUGGACGGGGGGAUCCUGGACCCAGAUGACAUGCUAACAGACCUGGUGGAGGACAAAGAGAAGCUGAAGGCUGUGUAUGAGAAGAUGGAGCUCCAGCAGAGGGCGAUGGUGAGUCCUGGGGGGAGUGUGGCGUCUGGUCGCUCCAGCCCUGACCCCUCUGAACCUGAGCUUAGCGUCCUGCAGCCCUACCUGGGCAGUGAGAUCGAGGUCACCCCCUCUGCCCUCAAAUCAACCACUCCUCUAUCGGUGCGAAGCAGCAGUGACCCCCUCGCCCCACCCCUGGAUGUCUUUUCAAUGGACCCUGAGGACAUGAUCAGCAGACCCCAGUCCACUGGUGUCAGUCAUGCAACCUCUGUGAAGGGAGGAGCCAUGGACAAACCCAAGGUGGACAUCCCAAACUCCAGGACUGCACAAGUCCACUUAAGCAGCCUCACACGGACGGUGGAUAUUUCUGGAGACCUUGGGCCUCUGGGCAUCAAAGUCAUAUCAUACUGUUCCUCACUGAGUGGAAGGGCUCUGGGUCUAAAUAUCCGAUCCAUCGAGAAGAACAGCCGCUCUGAACGAGAGAGGAUCUUUGAAGAGGACGAGUGCAUCGUGCAGAUCAAUGACACCGAGUUAAUAGACAAGUCCUUCGCUCAGUCUCAAGAAGUGUUUCGCCAAGCCAUGUCCUCGCCCACCAUACAUUUGGAGGUGCUUCCUGUCGGCAAAAGGCUCCUCUAUGAAAAGAGCCUCAUCGGGCAGCUUUUCAACAACACCGAACCAAGCCCUGUGGUCCCUAAAGUCAAGAGUCCUUUCUUGGUUCAUAAGCUCACUCCGAGCAACACAUCAACGCCGCCUCCAGAGCCUCCUGCAUCACAGACCCCACCCGUAUCACAGACCCCACCCCAAAAGGAGGAGGAGCUUCAGCCUUCAAGACACACCCCUGUCCAAACGGACCAUCACAGAGCCACGCCUUCUCCUCCGGUCAGCACGUCACCCACCCUGAAAGAUGGCAGAGAGAGCCCCGCCCCCAAAAAGACCCCUGCCCUCGUCACGCUGGUUAAUAUGAUCAACAAAAAGCCUGGGAAGAAAAUGAAGAUCGAUUUGAAGAAAGGUACGGAGGGCCUCGGAUUCACCGUGGUAACCAGAGACUCGUCCCUUCAUGGUCCAGGACCCAUUAUGGUCAAGAGCAUCCUGCCCCGCGGAGCUGCUGUUAAAGACGGACGGCUCAAGUCUGGAGACCGUAUCCUGGAGGUAAAUGGAGUGGACAUCACAGGACGCACUCAAGAGGAGCUGGUAGCUAUGCUCCGAAGCACCAAACUGGGAGAAACCGUGUCUCUGGUAGUCGGAAGACAAGAGGAGUUUUUGCCCAGAGAACUGAAAGAAGAGCCGUCAGGUCCGCUGCUUUCGGAGGACGGGCGAGAGCAGCUGAUGUUUGAAGUUCCUUUGAAUGACUCCGGCUCAGCUGGUCUAGGGGUCAGUCUGAAGGGUAAUAAGUCCCGAGAGACCGAAGAAGACCUGGGCAUCUUCAUCAAGUCCAUCAUCCACGGCGGUGCCGCACACAAGGACGGUCGCUUGCGUAUCAAUGACCAGCUGAUAGCAGUUAAUAGCGAAUCGCUGCUCGGACGCUCCAACCACGAUGCCAUGGAAACCCUGCGGCACUCCAUGUCGACUGAAGGGAACCUCAGAGGAACCAUCCAGCUGGUGGUUCUGCGUUCUGUGGAGCGCUCACCUGCUCAGGAACAUCAAGAAAGCAGUCAAAGUGUCACCAGAAACGACUCUCCUGUUAAUCUCCGUCCAAACAGCAACCACACCAACAGUUCGGCACCACCUUCCACAGCAAACAACCGCAUAUACGAGGCUGCUCCUGCUCCAUACAGACCCCCUGGCGGACCUCAGGAACUGCCGGAGGAAGAUUACGAUGAAGACGAUUUCCCCCCUCCACCUUCUGAUCUGGAGCUGCUGGAAACAAACCCUCCACACAAACACCAACAAAAUCGGGCUGAAAUGGAGCCUGUUCCCUACAAACCCACCAACCAACAAUACCCUCAACGACAGAAAGUCCCAGAUUACCCCACCAACAAGUCCUCCAAGAGCAUGGAUUUAGUAGCAGAUGAGAGUAACAUGGCCUCCAUUCAAGGACAGAGACCUGAACCCCUCUCCUCUAAUGGGACAGCACUGGGACCCAGGUUAGGUCUGCAGAAGUCCAGUUCUCUGGAGAGUCUCCAGACAGCGAUGGAGGAGGUCGGUAAGGACGAGGUGCCCUUCCAUCGUCCACGCGCGCACAUGGUGAGAGGCAGAGGAUGCAACCUCAGCUUCCGAUACGCCAUCGACAAGUCCUACGACAGGCCUUCUGAACCUGAGGACGAGGACUCUGAGGAAGACUCCGGAAGAGACACGCCUGCUAGCGGCUCCUCUCGACAGGAUCUGGAUGAGGAGAAGAAGGUAAAGAAAAAGAAAACCAAAAAGAAGAAAGAGAAAAAGAGCAAAAAGAAGGACGAGCCCGAAGACCCUGAGAAAAAGACAAAGAAAAAAGGAUUUGGAUUGUUGAGCAUGGAGACCCCGCCUGACCUCAGAUCAGUGCAGAAGAAUAUGUUUGGGAGAAAAAACAAAUCCAAGGCUAAAGAACUGGGCGCUCUGAGUGAAGAAGAGGUGGACAAGAGUGAGCCUGAGAUGUUUCUGUCCAAAAGUGAAAGGAACAGCCCUGCUCUUGACCGCGCCAUCUUCCCGGACGUCGAAGACGAUGACCUGGAUCCCAACUAUGCUCGCAUCAACAAUUUCAGAGAACCUCCCACCUCCAGUCACUCCCAUCCACCUGGAACUCCCACCCAUAACUACUCUCAGCCUAUAGGCCCCGCCCCCAACAGAGAGCCGCCCAAUGAGGAUGCGCUAGAGGGGCUUUAUGCAAAAGUGAACAAGCAAAGAACUGCCCCUCCAAAGACUGACAGUAAUGAAGAGCGGUUGCAGCAAAUCAGGAAUCAGCUUCAGCAAGUGAGACCGGCUCCAUCCUACGAUGACCUGAGCGCCCGAAGACGACCGGAGUACGACCCUUCACGAAUCAGAGGGCCUGAUCCACGAAUGGCUCCCAGAUACAACGACUCCGAUCGACCGUAUGCCUCCGUGCCCAGGAAGAUGCCAGUGGAGGACUACUCGAACCAGAACUGGGCCAACCAGAGAGACCCUGUCCAUUACCCCAACCCCACCUACGAGACCCAUCAAGACAACUAUCCUCCACACUCUCCCCGGUUGCCCGUACCCAGACCCGCGGAGGCCACAGGUGGUUACUGUCCCUCAUCUCCAGCUCAACAGAGGGGUCCCGUGAGGCAGGACGUCCCUCCCUCAUCAAACCCAGGUGCCAGAGCACCACCGCGAUACGAAACGCUGAACCAGGGGAACUAUCGGACGGCCAGCCCUGAUCGCUACGGCUCAUACGGAGAUGAACAAUACCAAGAUCCCCGGCAGAAAAAGCCAAUGAUCGGAGCCGUCUAGACGAGGAGGAAGUAGGUCGGUGCUGAAAAAGUUAUGUGGUUAUGUAAUUGUGUCCAUUUACAAGAACAAUCUAAUUAGUUGUCCCAGACUUAUGAGAAGAAAAAGCAAUCAAAAUUGCUUUGACACAGCCAUCGAUUACUCCAAAUUGAACUAGUUAAGUGAAGUUUGUGAUUUGUUUUUGGAUGUCAGCCAUUUUUCCUCUUAAUUAGCAUCAGUUCUGAACAUUAAGUCGAUUUUACACCAGUCAGUUAAGUUUAAAGGUUAUAGCUUACAGAAGCACAUAGGGUUUGUACAUAUGUAUGUUUAGCAUGUAUUUAAUUCAGUAUAGCACACAAAUGUCUAUAUGAUGAUCUGCUGUGGUUAGCAUGGCCAUUUCUUUCCCUCAUGAGUAUAUAUUGACUUGUCAUUUGUUGAGGACUUGAGUCUCUUAUGAUCCUAAAACAUCUCCGAUGUUCUCAGAGCGAUGUUUGUUUAUAUGUUGGGUGCCUUAAGCUAGCUUGGGUGAGAAGUUUUUAAAUGUGAAGAAAUUCACCAUCAGUUUACUUUUUCGUGGUUAUAAGAAAUGUUUUCCAGAAUUUUACUGCGCUUUAUUGCCUUUGCAGUAACCUUGUCCUCCUAAAACACUCCAUUAAUUGUUGAGGUUUUUUUUCAUGCGAUGUUUUGAGGGUAAUAUUCUCUUUCAACCACCUUCCUCCUUGAUUGAUUUUAAUAAAGCCAUUCUGAGGCCCAAAAACAUCAAAACGCACAAGGUUACACAAAUAGCUGAUCUCAAACUGUUUUGGCUUUUGUUGUCACAUCUGUUUCUUUUAUCUUAGGUCGAGGUUUGUUUUCCCUUUCAGCCAUUGUAGUUCUGCGAUGUGAAAUUCUGCCCCAUAGGUGCAAUACACAACACUCUAUACACAGGGCUCUUGUAGUCAACAAUCACUGCUUUAAAACCAAGACUUCCUGAUAUCCUCAGUGUGUAAAAUGAUCUGUUUGUUAUAGAUAGGAGAUACAUUGCCAGUCAAAACAGGAUUUUACAAGAACCAGCAAACAUAAUGAAUUUUUGCACCCAUUUUAUGUUGAUUUUUUUUGCACAUUUAUCGCCUGAAUGAAGAAGUUUACAGGAAAAUAGCCAGAUAGAUACUAAGAAUACAUUAAGUUUUUUUUUUUUUUCCUUUUACACAUAUGCUACUCUAUCAACUUUAAAUGUUAUGUAUGAAUAAUCAGUCGGUGUUCGAUCUUGUCUGUCUUGUCAUUGAAAAGUUGAUUUUAAUUUCUAUAUUUUUAUAUCACAUUUUGCAUUCAAUGUUUAUGGAAAAUCUGCUAUCUUUGUGUUUAUUUUGCUUGGAUUUUCUUUUGAUAUUUUUAUUAAAUUUUUUUAUACUUGUUUUCUUUAUUAACAGUUGUUAAAGGAUUUUUUUGUCAAUUUAUUUUGAAACCUAACAAAAGAAACAGAAUACUGUGCAAUUUUCUUUAUUUAGCUGUUUUUAUUUGUAUUUUUUUGUUUAUUUGUUUUUUUGCUCUUAUAUAUUUUUAUUAAAAUCAAGAUGCUGGUCUGCAUAAUUUGUGAAAUGAAAUUACAUGAUGACAAUAUAAUUGGUUUUGAUACUUUAUUUUCUUGUUGUUCUUGUUUUAAAGUUGGGCAAAUGUUGUAUUAAAUGGAAAGAAAUGCGUGUGCUGCCACUAAAAUAAUAGGCAUACAUUUGUAGUAAAAUGCUUAUGACAUUAAUUCAUAUUAACUAUGACAUUUUGGUACUUUUUUUUUUUUUUUUUUUUAAAUGAAACUGUGUAAGUUUUUGUGUAAAUAAAGUGGUGUGUUGGUUCAGGUUGAUGAUGACUUCAGUCAUGUGAAGCUCUUUGGUGUUCAUUGUGUCUUGUACAGUUGUAUAGCUUCAUUCUCAUAAUGAUGACUGAGAGAACAUACUUAUCUAACAUUACUGAUAAUUACUCCUGCUGAUUAGUGCUAAUUCAUCCUCUACCAAUUAAGCUACGGAGGGCUGCGCUGAGGUUAUUAGGGCCUAAUGGACCUAUUUGGGGAAUCUUGCUGAUUAGGAAAUUUGGCAUUAAAGUGUUUGCAUAUAUCUGGACAGAAUUGAAGUUUAAUUAACCCUUGGAUGACAAGAGAGAGAGAUGUUAGGUGGGAAUAAAUGAAUUGUGAGAGCACUGUCGAACAAAAGGUUGAUCAAAUUUGAAAAGAGAUAAUAACUGUGU